AUGGCAACAUACGAAAAAAUAGAACAAGAAUUAAACCGAGCAAAUAAUAGAUUAGAUGAGGCAAUCGAAGAGCUGAAGCAGUGGAAAAAAGGAAAGUAUAAGGGGAAGAAGUUGGAGGAGUGGGAGAUAGCGUUGAUUGAGGGGAACUUGAGUGAAGCAAAGAAGACAGAAAAAGUUGGAGACGAUAAAGAUGAAGUUGGAGGACCAAAUAAUAAAGUUGCAGAAUAA